UACCUGCGGCGCAUGGACGUCUUCACGGAGGCCGAGCUGCGCGUCAAGUUCCUGCAGGCGCGGGACGCCUGGCUGCGCUCCAUCCAGGCCGCCCUCCCCGCCGACGACCCCUACGUGCACGUCGCCAAGACGGUGGAGGCCUGCCGCGUGCACCUCUUCGACGUGGUCACCCAGUACCGCGCCAUCUUCUCGGACGAGGAGCCCCUGCUGCCCGCCGGCGAGCCGGCCGUCACCGAGAGCGCCAUCUUCCACGGCUGGGUGCUGCAGAAGGUGGCGGAGUUCCUGCGGGUGCUGGAGAGCGACCUGCAGCGGGGGGUGGGCGGCCGCUUGGACUCGCUGCUGGGGCAGUGCAUGUACUUCGGCCUGUCCUUCAGCCGGGUGGGGGCCGACUUCCGCGGCCAGCUGGCCCCCGUGUUCCAGCGCGUGGCCAUGGGCGCUUUCCGCAGGGCCGUGCAGGAGGCCGCGGACAGGUUCCAGGAGGAGAUGAACUCCUACACGCUGAUCUCGGCCCCAGCCGUGCUGGGCAGCACCAUCCCGGUGUCCGUGCCCUCUGCCCAGCCGGGGACGCUGCAGCCGCCCAUGGUGCUGCUGGACUUCCCGCCUCUCGCCUGCUUCCUCAACAGCGUCCUCGUGGCCUUCAAUGACCUGCGGCUCUGCUGCCCCGUGGCUCUUGCCCAGGACGUGACCACGUCCCUGGAGGCGGCGCUCUGCACGGUGACCACCGUCAUCCUGGCAUUUCACCGGGCCGAGGAGGCGGCUUUCAGCAGGCGGGAGCAGGAGCUUUUCAUUCAGUUCUGCACGGCCUUCCUGGAUGACCUGCUCCCCUACCUCAACCGCUGUCUCCAGGUCCUCUUCCCGCCGGCCCAGAUUGCGCAGGCCCUGGGGGUGCCCCCCACACAGCUGCAAAAGUACGGCAGCCUGGGCUGCGUGGAUGCCAGCAGGAUCGGGGAGCCUCUGGCCUUUAUCUUGCCACCCAAGGAGGCAAGCUUCAUGCCCGCUGAGGAGAAAGAGCUGCCCCGGGAGAGCCCAGCACCUGUGCCAGCCCCGGAAGUGCCAGGCCCAGAGCAGGAGGCAGACCCUACCACCCCAUCUCUGUGCGAGGCUGAGGACCAGAGCAGUGCGGAUGCAGGGGAUGUUCUGCAGCCCGAGGGACCGGCAGCUGCCACCUAGCGCAGGGAGGGAAGUGCCUGGUGGAGCCUGUGUGGUCUGUGGGAGGUGCAGGCUUUCCUUGCUCUGCUAAGUGGAGGGCAGAUUGGCCUGCAGCUGUCCUGAGCCCUAUGUAGGGGCAAGGCCGGGCUGGGGCGAGGUGGUGGGGGGCAAGUGUCCUGGUCAAGGCAGGGAGCAGCACAGAACCUGCCACCUCUGGAGGAUCGGUGGAAGCCUCUCGGGCCACAGGCCGAGGCUAGACAUACUCCAGCCCACUCCCCAGCAGAAGCCAGCCUCCCUGGCACGGGCAAUGGGGCUGCAUGCUCUGAGGCCGGUGGUGCAAAUAGGAGCAGUUCACUGCGGAAGCAGGAUCCGUGUGCAGCUGGUUUGGGAAAGGUGCUGGGUCUUACGUGAAUAAAACUCAUUGUCAA